GUUUUGUGGGAAUACAAGCGUAAUCUAACAUUGGAUGUCAGGUUUGAUUCAGCAACUUUCGAAGUGUGUAAAGAAGCUUUAGACAAGCAAAUAGAGUGUCAAACAUAUGAAAAGGGCAAAGGUCAGAUAAUUCCCUGCCUUAUAGAGCACAAAGACAAUAUAACAAAUCAACAAUGUCGUCAGUAUUUAACCAAGAUGGCCAGUAUUAUAUUCAGUGACUAUCAUCUAAUUCAGGGAUUCUAUGAGAAGUGUGAAGCUGACAUCAGUGCUUACAAGUGUGGUACUAUUGACCAAGGAAAGGGUGAAAAUCAUCAGCAAGGUAAAGUUAUAAAUUGUCUUCAGAGACACGCAGAUGAACUAAAUUCUGAUUGUAAACACCAGAUACUACGUAUUGCUGAAUUCUCAGCCGAUGAUUAUCAUCAAGACAGAGCUUUAUUUUUUGCUUGUCGCAAUGACAGAGAGCGUUUCUGUGAGAAACUGACGUCUGGUAAUGGUAAAGUCUACAAAUGCCUCAUGAAACACAAGUUUGAACACGACAUGAGUGAAGCGGUAAGUCUGCUCUGAUUCUCAACACUAACAUGACAACA